AUGACAUAUCGUGAUGACUUACAGGACAUCGGUACCGCUCCAUCGCUUCAACUCAUGAGUCAAGAAACGAAGCGUCCAAGGGCUAUAUCCCAGGACGUUCAUGCUCAGCAUGAGGCUAGCAGGAGUUCAGAAUACGCCGCCACUUCAACGAAAGUUGCGCCCGGGCAUUUGUCGUCCACGUUGCUAUCGAACAUAGUCCCAACAUCUAUCAACAGACGAUAUUCGUGGUGGCAGAGCAUUGGCCCAGUCAGCGCUUCGAUCCUCAUCGUGGCAACCCUGGUUAUACUAAUCUCAUUCUUCAUUCUUCUUGUCCUAUGGUGUGGAGCUGAGGAUGCUAUUAACCGCAAGACACCUAGUUUUCCAAGUUUUUGGAGGAUGAUUGUCUUGAGACAGUGGACCACACGAGUUAUCACCAUUUGCUCCGCCGCAAUUCGGACUUCUAUAUCCCUGCAGAUCGGUGUGCUAGUUUCUGCUUUAGCAGCUAUUGUACUCGAAACGUCUGGAGCGCGGAUGAUGGAUAUACCAUUGUUAUCCAUUGAAAGAAUACAGUCAAACCCAUUCGGUAUCCUGCCUGCUGUCUUGAGGCAAACUUUAAACGGGCUGGCAGGAGCUUUGCACUCCUUCAUUAUCGUUACAUCAGUCAUCAUCUUACUUGUCUCCAACCUGAACUCUACAGUAUUACUUUCAGACUUGGGACCUGCUCGAAUUGCUGGACAGCCUACCAUUAACGACAGUUUCAUUUCAUAUACCACAUAUGCCGAUCAACUUGACACAACCGUUGUAUCCUGGAAGUCGAAGCCUGCGGCGCAGUGGCGGUUCGCUGAAGCACGAAUUGGCCCAAACAGAUACGGGGACACUGGAAGGGUCUAUCGUGCCUUUCUGCCUUUUCCAAACGUUACUACAAGAACAUCACUUGAGUACUAUUCAGGACCUGCUGUGGUCGCCAACACAAGAACCGUUUGCGUUCCCCUUCCACAGGAUAACUUCACCAUCGAAACUAAAAGACGGGGAGAUUUUAUCGAGAAUGGACCAACACUUUGGUUACGGCAGAAAUUGCAAUAUUCAACCAGGGAAUGUGCAGUCAUUCCAGCGGAUGAGGGGAGAGGAUGGCCUACUACUUUGUGUGCUGGUGAAACACUGGAUUUCGAGAAUCAGUUCAUUGAUGAGCUAGAGAGUGAUAAAACAAUGCGACUCGAGAAUGAAGAAAUUCGAAUGAGAAAAAUUGUCAUCCUGAACACAACGGCUGAUAUUGAGUCACUAUACGAGAAUAACACCAUUCUUCAACCCAGGACGCCCAAGCGGCUCCAAAGACUGUCGUUGAAAGAAGAUGGUCCAUGGACAAGAAUCUACGACAGUACCGGUCUUGAGAUAAUAGCUGCUACUUCUUGUUACUAUAACAUCCGAAAGGCGGGCAUCUACAACGUCACCAUGACCGGAGACGCCAUCCGCGAGGAGCCUCAAUGGGACCCUAAUACCAAUCACACAACGACUCAUGGUGAUGACUGGGAGGGCUUCUGGAAAGACAAAACCAAGGAGAUUUUAUACCAGUUCGGCGUGGGAGUUGACGCUAACGACACGGCGAAACGUGGCAUUCUAAAACUUAACAUUGCCUCCCGGGCGAAUACGACGGAUCAGAUUAGCAUUACAGGGCCGUUAUUUGAAGAGCCUCUGCUGACAGUUCUGGACGAGAUGUCGCUGGAAUCGAACACGACAUGGAAAAUGGGAUACGGGGUACCGUGGCAGGCACAUGAAUCACAUACCCUGGUUUUCCAAAAUAUACUACAGGAAACUGGUGAUCCAGCGCUUGCAGUUCAAAGUGUAUUAACCAGACUUCAUCAGGCGACAUACUAUAGCCUUAUGGAUGGCUAUGAUCUUGCAUACCCAGUCACUACUAUCCAUGUAACAGAGACAAUCGUCCCAGUCCAAUGGUUGGGGCUCGCUCUCGUUAUCAGCAUGGCCGCUCUACAUCUUGUCCAAGUCUUUGUUAUAAUGACUAUCUUUCUAAUGAGGACAAGGCUCUCUGCUCUGGGAAACGCGUGGCUAGCUGUCGCACAGGCAACACACGUUACUAAUGCCCUUGAGUCAGCUGAGAAUGACUUGGACAAAGAGAUUGAAGAAAGGGCAGAGGCCACUGGGCACGAUAAAAACAUUUAUGUCUUAUCUCGUUGUGAACAAGAGGGGAAGAUGGAGGUUCGUCACAUUCGAGGGAGAGGCUGA